AGUGAAUUCUCUACUUUUCAUGUACAUUUAUUAUUAACCUUCCCGCCAGAGUCAUUUCUCCUUUGGCUCGGAAUACCUCCAAUGAUGAUACUUUUAGACUCUCUCACCACAAGGUCAUACUAAGAUACCCAUUCAGACUUCACUAUACAAGUUGCCCACCAAAAAGAUCACUUGCUUUCUUCUGCUUUGUCGUCUAACUUUGAUUGUCAUUUCUUUCUCUAUUCUUCUAAAAGUCAUUCAAAAUGCCUGAAAAGUUUGUCGUCGUGGGUGCCGGUCCCGUCGGUUCCCUGGCCGCUCUCUAUGCUGCGGUGAGAGGGUAUCACGUCGAACUGUACGAACUACGCCCUGACCUCCGCGACCCAGCCACCACUCCCCUCAACUUCACCAAGUCCAUCAACCUGGCCAUAUCCGAGAGAGGCGUCAAUUCGCUCCGCCAGACAGGCCUGACCACUCUGGUCAAGGAUGUUGUCUCCUCCACCACCCCCAUGAAGGGCCGCAUGUUGCACCUCCGCAAGCAGGGCAAGUAUGUGCGAGAGGCCCAGCUGUACGAUGCCAGAGGCAAGAACCUCCUCGCAUUGGACCGCACCAGUCUCAACAAGACUCUCCUGGACGCCUUGGAGUCCAUGCCCAACGUGAAGCUCUUCUUCCACCACAAGGUCGUCGGCGUCGACUUCAACAAGAAACUUGCCUGGUUCGAGCGCCGCACCCCGUCCGACCCCAGUAGCCGUGGCACCGAGAUCGAGAUAUCCUUCGACUUCAUGAUUGGCGCCGAUGGCGCCCACUCAGCCGUGCGGUACCAUCUGAUGAAGUUCACACCGGUGGCCUACCAACAAGAGUACAUCGACAAGCUCUGGUGCCAAUUCCACGUCGCUCCUUCGCCCAAGGACGGCAAGUACCGCCUUCCCCCCAACUAUCUCCACAUCUGGCCCCAAGACGAGGCCAUGUUCAUCGCGCUGCCGAACCAGGACCAAACCUUCACCUCGACCCUCUUCCUCACCCGCCAGGGCUUCUCGGACCUCGACGCCCACCCAGACCGCCUAGUCGCUUACUUCCAGGACAAAUUCCCGGCAGUCGUCCCGGACCUCAUCCCCGCCGACGAACUCGUCAAGCAGUACAACGAAAACCCCCACCUCCCCCUCAUCACCAUCAAAUGCACCCCCUACCACUUCUCCUCGUCGGGCGUCAUCGUCGGCGACGCCGCCCACGCCAUGGUCCCCUUCUACGGCCAAGGCAUGAACGCAGGCCUCGAGGACGUGCGCGUGCUCUUCGACUUCCUGGACCAAUACCCCACCGACAGAGCCAAAGCGCUGGACCAAUACUCCAAGGUCCGCACCCCAGACGCCCACACCAUCAACGACCUCGCCCUCCGCAACUACCGCGAAAUGGCCUCGGACGUCAAGUCGCCGCUCUACCUGCUGCGCAAGAAGAUCGAGGAGACGCUCGAUGUCUAUUUCCCCGGCUUGGGCUUCGCGACGCAGUACUCGAGGGUCACGUUUAGCAAUAUGCCGUACUCGGAGGUGCAGCGCAGGGCGGCGUGGCAGGCGAGGGUGUUGAAUUGCGCGGUGGGUGGGCUGGGGGUUGGGGUUCUGGGCGCGAUGUGGGUUUGGGGGAGAGGUGGGGGGUGGGCGAGGGUGAAGAGGGGGGUUCUGUUGGGAUGUUGUUGGAUUGCGAGGGGAGUAGUAGGGGUGGUGAGGGGGUGGGAGUGA